AUGUCGCUCCUCGUCCAUUUGAUGGCUGAGGCCUACUCAAUCCCCGCUCUCUCUACAGCGCUGCCGGCCACUGAUGUUCAGCUCCCGGCGUCGAUUGAUGAUGUGACCGGGUUGCCGUUGAUAUUGUGCCCGGAUUGCAAGGAUGUGAGUGUGUUUUCUGCCACUACCACGCAAUCAGAGCAUAACGUGGGAAGGAGAUAUUUCAAGUACCCCAGGAAAUUUCGAAAUGUUCCUGGGACAUGUUCAAGGUAUUGGUUCGAGGAAGAAUAUGUGGUGUUCCUUCGUGAUAAUGGAUAUCUUCUGUCCGCUUCCUCGACCAUUGCAGCAGCUUCGACAACAAAUGUUCCUGAGCUGGUGGAUAGAAUUGAUAACUUAGAGCUAAAUCUAAACAAGGUGAAGGAAAUGGUUGGCAAGAGCAGGGAUGGCAUGGGAAGUUGCAUUUGUCUUGUGUGUGGCUGUUUGAAUGUAACAUUCCUGGUGUUGACCAUACUAUUGGUUGUAACUGUAGUGUUGAAGUAG